AUGUCUUUCCUUUUCUCACUAUUCGUCUAUCUGAGCGCCAAUCCUUGUGCUACCACUGCGCCCAUCAAUGAUACUGCUGUCGGAAGUAAGCUCCUUCUAAUAUCACUCGAUGGGUUCCGUCAUGACUAUAUGGACAAGGCUUUGGCCUUUGGCGUGAACAUAUCUGGCUUUCAGCGAAUUUGGUCAUCCGGCUUUCGAGUGUUGAGAGUUGAAAACGAAUUCAUCACACGUACCGCACCGAAUCAUUUUUCGAUGGUCACUGGCCAGCAUGAAGAAACUCAUGGCAUCGUAGACAAUGUGUUCUUUGACCCGGAAUUGAACCAGACAUUUGUGUUGAGCAAUUCAACCCAGGCGACUGAGUCACUUUGGUUUGAUGUGGGCGCUGAACCUAUUUGGGUAACCAAUCAGCUGCAUGGUCAUCGAACAGGUGUCACCUCUUGGCCAGGUAGCCUUGCACCCAUAAAAGGACAUCUUCCAUCUGUGCAUUAUCCUGUUUUCGACUCAAAUAUUUCUUUCAGGAAGUCGAUCGAAGAUGCACUUGGUUGGCUCGAGCGUGACGUAAAUCUCGCCCUACUGUACCACAGUGAACCAGAUGCAACUGGUCAUAAGACUGGUCCUGGUUCGGUCGAAGUUUUGAAUGUUAUCGCCAAUCUUAAUCAAGACUUGGAGUAUCUGCUAGACCGGAUACGAAGAAAUCCAAAGUUGAACCGCUCUUUGAAUCUUAUAGUGACGAGCGAUCACGGUAUGUCAGACGUGGAUCCACAGAGGGUGGUUGUUUUGGAUGAUUUUUUGGACGAAACAAUGUACACCAGUCCUGGUCCGGCUUCCCGUGUAAUAUGGGGUCUAUGGCCCAGAGGAGCAGAAUUCACCGUAGGUCACCUAAUAGACAAACUGAAAUACAAGCAUCCGAAAAUGAUUGUGUACCGCAAGGAUGAAUUGCCCGCACGGCUGUUUUAUUCUCACAGUCGUCGUAUCGCGCCGGUUGUUGUGUACGCCGAUGUCGGCUGGAUGAUCGCGAAGUCCAAGAAAGAUGCGAUGUCACUAGGUCACCGAGGUGAACAUGGUUACGACCCAGAUUCACCAGAUAUGGCUCCAUUUCUCCUGGCUACUGGUCCCGGAUUCAAUCGCUUCCCACCAAACCACACUAUACCUUCGAUCCGAUUGGUUGACAUUUACCCCAUGAUGUGUCACAUUCUUGGCCUGGACAAACCCGGUCCACAUAAUGGUAGUCUUUCUCGCGUCUCUUAUUUAUUGCGAUCAGUGACCACUGAAUCUCCUUCAUGGUUUCAUUCCACCUGGGAUAAACUCACCGCUCUACUGAUUUUCACCUUCGUGGUACUUGUGUCCGCCACGCUGGUGGCUUUCGCCUGUCUGGUGCAUUGCCGUCUGCGAAAUCGGUGGAUGCAUCUGCAACGUCGUGCUCGACAACGAAGAGAUGUGGAACACCUGCAACAAGGCGUGCCCAUGAGGCACCUGAAUACCUCAAGAAGCCAUCCUGGUGGCCAGAGUUCCAAGACGAACGGCGCUGCACUGCAUUCAAACUCUCCUGAGGAUGUACAGCGAUUGCUACUCGCCGCAAACGAUGAUGAUGAAGUGGAACAAUUUAGUCGACAAUCCAGAUUUUAUGUGGAUGAUUCGACCUUGAUCGGAAUGCUCCAUGACCCCCAAUCUCGCUUUCCGUAGGUCGUCGAACCCAACCUGAUAGGAUACAUUCCGGACCCUAUCUUUUCCAACUUUACGACGAGUUUCCGGACGAAUUCUUGUAUUUCCAAUGUAAUUUUGCUUUGUCUUUCUUAAUGUCCACUUGUGGGUGUUUGUGACGAGACCACAGCUUUUUUGUUUAUUUUUCUACUACAUGCCACUGUUUUCCAAAUCGGGUCACUCCGAACCUUUGAUGGCGAUUAUCGAUUUUCUUACUCAAAACAGCUUUGGGUGAACACUGUUUUGCUCCGCAUUAGAG